GGCUUUUUUUCCAUUUAGUGGUUACUCACACAUUCGUUCGCUCUAUCUUUCUAUAUUACAUUCCAUUUUUUUUCGGGGGUAAUGCCAAGUUCCGUUUCCCUGCUACUAACAUUUCGCAUUGCGCCGUGCCCGAGAGCGCGUGUCGAGUGAAGCUAGUCGAGAAAAAAAAGUAAUAAUAAUAAUUGCUCGUAGAGACUUAAAAGGCGCACCGCUUUGGCCAAGUGUCAACGGUUUCCAAGAUCAUAAUAUUGUUGGUCUUAAUAAUAAAAUUUAAUUAAAUUGCUGCUUGGGUUAACGAGCAGAGGGUGUGCUUGUGCUGUGUGUAAUUCACGUUGAUCGCGAACCAAAAAUGCAGCUCAUCAAAAAGUUUUGCAAAGGCUUUGGCAAGGAAUUGCAAUUACAGAACUUCAACUAUGAAUACAAUCGCGUGGAAUUGUUCUACAAGUCUCAGUGGCAAAAGAAUGAGCUCAGCUUUACCUAUUUACUGUACCGUUGGGUGUUGGCGCUCUUCUUUCUCGGCGUCCACAUAAUUUGCAUGAUCGUGCAAUUCUGCGAUGGCAAAUUCUUUAUAUAUAUGACGAACUGGGGCUUUGGCAUGUGCACAAUCACACAAAUCAUUGCCGCCAUACAGGUCACCCGAUGGCAUUUCGAUCUACAGAAUAUACGCAGUCUGGUGCAGGAAUCGGGGGCUAAGGCGCGUAUGACGCGAUCUCUUAAACUCUACUGGCUGAUCUACAAUAUGUCGCUAUCGCUAGCAUUGAUCAUAUCGACAGUGUAUUGGAUAUUUUUACAUGGCAAAAUGAAUAAGCCCGCGCGUUUUCCGGUCAUAAGCGUCCUUACGCACGGCCUGAACUCAGUAUUAAUGAUCAUUGACUUUCUAAUCAUUGCCUUCCCACUGCGACUGCUCCACGUCGUCUACUGCAUGUCUACGGCUAUAUUCUUCUUUGUGUUCACGGUGAUCUAUCAUUUCAGUGGCGGCACUGAUGAAUUCGGUAAUCAUUAUGUCUAUCCGAUAUUAGACUGGACAAAGCCAGUGGGCUGCAUUAUCACAUUCGCCGGCAUCUUCAUGCUCUACAUCAUCUUCUGGCUGCUGCUCUUCGGGGUCUACAAACUGAAGCGUGUGUUCAAUCGUGCGUUCAGCAUUGUCUGGUCCCCCCAUGCUGUGGGCCUGCUAUAACUAACUUGAGAAGAAAGACGAGGAAGAACACGCCGCCAUGUGUUGCAUCUGUGGUUGCUGCUUUGCCACUCUAUAUGUCGACGAAUUACACAUAAGCAGCAACAACAAUAACAUCAACAAUAACAAUAAGAAAAUAACACCGCCAGCAUUUGAAUUAUGUCAUAAUCGCACAAAGACACACACUCACAACCAUCUAUUCCCAUCUAUUUAUGUCGCUUUGUAGUUGUAAGAAUUAGUAAAUACAUAACAUACACUAGGCUAGUAUUCCAGUUCCUUACAUAUUAAGAAACACAAAUCGAAUUAUUUGUUGUUUUCAUAGGCAGUAACAAUUUAAUAAAACAUUGUUUG